AAGAGUCGGCACACAACCCAUUGUGGUGUGCACGGAGGAGGAGUGAGCGGCUGUCUGAAGAGAAGGAGAGGAGAAGGAACUGUGUGGCCACAUAGAGGACUAUUGAUAAGCGAACAGAAAUGGGCGUUCAUGCACGACACGUCCGCUUCCGCCCCCUGUGAAGAGGGACCGUUCCGUCCGCUCGGGGGGGAAAAAAAAGAGCCGGAAAGCGAAGAGUUAAAGAGCCCCCCAACAAAGCCAAGUGUUUAUUUCAGCGGCUAGCCGGGCUAGCUCCUCGGCUAGAUGUGUGUAACGGAGCUGGAAAACUGGAAGUCCGUGUGGAGACGUCGAGCUGCGUGGAGCAGCGGCUUUUCCGUGAAGAGAUAAUCGCUGGCUGAGAUUUUUUUUUUUUGUGUGUGUAAUUAUUAUUGUUGCUAUUAUUGUGAAAGCACCGUUCGCUCGGCUCGAAAGUAGGCGCAACUUUAAAGAAUGAUCCCAGCUGAGCCCUGACCAUUUUCGCUACUACUACUUCACAAGCAGGAGAGAGCGGAGAAGUCUGACAGAACGGCUGGCUCGAGCGGGCUCCCUGACUCCAGGAAGAGAGAAGAUGACGCACUCGCUGGUGCCAGAGCCCGGCAGUGGUCCGCUGUGCCAGCCAUGCCCCCGCCUGCAGCUUUAGAAGUUUCCACUUUGCACCAUGACAGAUAAUCAUUAGGGUUUAUUCCCUGACGUUUAACUCGAAUCCCCCUUCCAGUUCCCCGUCCCCCGCCGCACCCCGCCGUCCCCCCCGCCCGUUCCCAACAUGCUGCGGUUCCUGCCUCUCAAACUGGGCCGACUGUACCGCUGUCUGAAGCUGCUGCUACUGCUGGGGUUGUCCGUCAUCCUGCUGAUGAACACCCACAACCUGUUCGCGUCCUUCCAGAAGAACGAGCUGACCGACAGACGAUUCAUCAACCUCAACAAGUGUCCCGCCUGCUUCGGCACCAGCUGGUGCCGCAAGUUCAUGAACGGCCAGGUUUCCUUCGAGACCUGGGGUCGCCUGAGGUUCCUAGACGUGUUCAACGUCAAGAACGUUUAUUUCGCGCAGUACGGCGAGCCCAGGGAGGGCACGCGGCGCGUGGUGCUCAAGCGGCUCGGCUCCAACCAGGAGCUGGCUGAGAUAGACCAGAAGAUCUGCAAGAGGGCCACGGGCAGGCCGCGCUGUGACCUCAUCCAGGCCAUGUACAAGACCGAGUUUGCCCGGAUCAACGGGGACGUCCGCUUGCUGACGCCGGGCGUGGUGGAGGGCUGGUCGGACCUGGUGCACUGCCCCUCACAGAGGCUGCUGGACCGCGUGGUCCGAAGAUAUGCUGAAACUAAGGACUCGGGCAGCUUCCUGCUAAAGAACUUGAAGGACACUGAGAGAAUGCAGCUACUGAUGACUUUGGCGUUCAACCCAGAACCGCUUGUAUUGCAGAGCUUUCCGUCGGAUGAAGGGUGGCCGUUCGCCAAGUACCUGGGAGCGUGUGGGCGCAUGGUAGCUGUCAACUACGUGGGCGAGGAGCUGUGGAGCUUCUACAAUGCGCCGUGGGAGAAGAGGGUCGACCUGGCGCGGCAGCUGAUGGACAUCGCCGAGCAGCUCACCAACAAUGACUUUGACUUUGCCCUGUACCUGCUGGACGUCAGCUUCGAUAACUUCGCCGUCGGCCCGCGGGACGGGAAAGUCAUCAUCGUUGACGCCGAAAACGUCCUGGUGGCAGACAAAAGACACAUAAAGCAAGACAAGCCGGAGAACUACGACGUGUGGUACGAGAGCCGCUUCGAGGAGUGCGACAGGGAGGCCUGCCUCUCUUUCUCCAAGGAGGCCCUCUGCUCGCGGGUCACCGUGGACCACAACUACUACGCCGUGUGUCAGAACUUGCUGUCGCAGUACGCCACGUGGCGAGGGACCACGGGGGGCCUCCUGCACGACCCGCCCGCUCACAUAGCCAAAGAUGGACAACUCGAGGCUUUGUUGGACGAGUGCACCAAACCUAAAAAGCGCUACGGCCGCUUCCAGGCGGCCAAGGAACUGCGCGAAUACCUCACACGGCUAUCCGCCGCGUCCUCCCCCGCCAUGGCAAGACGGUCCGGAGGCUGAAGAGUGGUGGUGUUG